AUGAGGAAGCAGCUAUCAAAAGCUGGUUUUGCUUAUUUUGAAGAAGGAGCCGUUGAUUUGAUAAAUCCAGAACUAAAACUCAACGAGCAGGCCGAGUAUCUUCCAUAUGAUGAAAAGUGGGAAUUUUCUAGAGAAAAAUUAAAGUUAGGUGAACAGUUGGGAAGUGGAGCUUUUGGGGUUGUAGUAAAAGCAGAAGCUUUUGGCAUAUGUGCCACGGAGCCUGUUACGAGUGUGGCUGUAAAAAUGGUUCACGAAAAUGCUGAACCAGUUUAUAUCCGUGCUCUUGUAAGAGAACUUAAAAUUAUGAUGAAUCUGGGGCAACACUUGAACGUAGUAAAUCUUCUCGGCGCCUGUACAAAAAAUAUAGCAAAACGGGAAUUUUUAGUGAUUCUCGAAUCGUGUGCUUAUGGAAACCUGAAAGACUUUUUGAGAUAUCAUAGAGGAAAUUUCGUAGACCAAAUAAAUCCAUUUACAGGUCAUAUUGAUUCAUCUAUUAAACAAAAAUCCACAAGUGAUGCAAACUUUCCCUUUAACAAGGCUCAGAACUCCAACGAUUCCAUUGAGUUCCGUAGUACCUCGUACUGUGAUGAUUUACAACCAAGUUGGCGUUCUAACUACGAAGGCAAUUAUCAAAACUGGAAUGCUGAAUGCAUCUGCUCCCAUGACCUCCUCUCUUGGGCUUAUCAAGUAGCUCAUGGCAUGGAAUAUCUAUCGAGGAGAAACAUUUUACAUUGUGAUUUGGCUGCCAGAAAUAUUUUGCUAUCUACAAAUAACAUCGUCAAGAUUUGUGACUUUGGUUUGGCCCAGACGUUGUACAAAGACAUCAAUUAUACGAGGCUACACGAUGUAAAAUUGCCGUUCAAGUGGAUGGCCAUCGAAUCCCUCAGGGACGGAGUAUUUUCGACUAAAUCCGACAUUUGGUCAUUUGGUAUUGUGAUCUGGGAGUUUUUUACUCUUGCAGAGACACCAUACUUAGGCAUGCAAGCCUCAGUAGUAUAUCAAAAACUCAUUAACGGAUACAGGAUGGGCCAACCAAGAUAUGCAACAAACUAUCUUUACAAUAUCAUGCUCAACUGCUGGGAAGACGAGCCAACUUUAAGACCAUCAUUCACAAAACUAUCCAAAAAUAUUGGUAUGCUUUUAGAUAAAAGUACGAGAGUGCACUUUGAGAAACUGUACCAAGAGUAUGAGAACAUUAAUAAGGAAGUGGACUUAAUAAGAGAAAAUGAUUAUUCGAAAAAUAUGUCUUCACCAGAUAAGGUUGCUCUUGCCCUGCCUCAACAGAACUAUGAAAAUCGAUUGCUGCAGGUUGAAAACCCUAUGUACUUGUGUUUAAACAAUAAUGACAGGCUUUUAGCUGACACACCGAGGAAGUUUGAUAACUGUUUAUGA